UCCUCUUUUCUCAAAUCUGCAGAGAUUAGCCUCUCUCUCCCCUCUAUCUCCCCCUCGCGAAGUUGAAGCAGACGAGGCGAAUCUGCGGAGGGGAGGAGGCUGACUGGCGCACGCGCCAUGCCGGAUGUGGCGCCAGCCCGUUGUCCUCCUCACCGGCGAAUCGAUGGAGGGGAGGAGGCUGACCGGCGGCGACGCGCCAUGCGAGAUGCGGCACCGGCCUGUCGUCCUCCUCACCCAUACUUCCCCACCCCGCGGCUCUCAUCACCACUGCCGGCGCCGCUCCAGCACAGCUCCCCCACUCCGUGCGCCCCUUCCUCCGUCAGAUCUGAGGACGAGAGGCGGCUGCCUGCUGCAGGUGGCGGCAACAAACACAUCAGGCCUCUGCGCCCUCUAGCCAAGGAGAUGCCUACAAUGAUGGGCAGUGAGAACAGCCAUUUUGUUGAUUAUUGUUAUGAUGAAAUGAUUGGUCAUGGAAAUAUUGAGGAUUGUGAGCUUGAUGAAGUUGUCUUUGAGUUCUACAAGAAAGAGAAAAUCAAGCAACUAAAGAGCAAGCUUACACCAGCUGAGUUGAAUGUUAUUGUGAAUGAUAAGAAAAGUCUUGGUAUAAACAAGCAUGAAGUAAAACAUGGUUUCAGUCGUGUAUCAGCAAAGUAUUUCAAUGAAGUCAUUGAGGCAUUAACCCCUGAUCAGAGAAAGGUGAUAUCUGAUUAUGGCUUUGGUAGUUUACUCAUGUAUGAGAAAUGUGUGGUUCCAACAAAAUUUAUCAACUGGCUCGCUCAUCAAAUUGAUGGCCGCACAUCUGAGAUAGUUGUGAAUGGUAAAUUCAUACAUUUCAACAAGGUGUCAGUCCACAAAGUGCUUGGCGCUCCUAUUGGUGGUGAUCCUUUGAUUGUUGAUUGUGAGGCUGGCAAAGCUUUUGUUUUAUCCAAGCUCAAUCUGACCAAGCUACCACCUGUCAGUUUUUUUGGUGACAAGAUAAAGAAUAAUGAAUCAUUGCCUGAUGAUGAUAUGUUUAUUUGUUUCAUGAUGGUUGCCUUAUCAUGCUUCCUCUGCCCUGAUCCUAGCGUGUAUCCAAGCACCAAAUACUUUCUAGUGUUGUAUAUAUCCUGGAAAUACUUUAUGUGCUGUAUCUCAUGCUUUUGUAUCAUUUGUUGCCAUAGUGUCUCAAAUUCUUCUUUUGUCAAUGAGUUGUCUAUAAUGUCUUUGAAUUCCUCUCUAAGAUUUUCUUUAUCAAGGCGCCUACCACAUUUCAAUUCAGCCUUGUAUUUGAUGUGAAACACACAACUUCUGUGACUGGCGUUCGGAAAAAUCUGUGCUAUUGCUGACCUCAUUGCCCCAUCUUGAUCUGUCAUGAUUGAGAUGGGUUCUUUGCCACCAACUGCAUCCAGGAAUGUUUGGAAAAGCCAUUUGAAUGUGUCAGUGGUCUCAUCAGAAAUUAGUGCACAACCAAAGAUACAAGUGAGUCCAUGGCCCGUGAUACCAUCAAAGGGCGCAAACGGCA